UUGAUAAAUGAUUUUUCUGUAUAACAGCAGCAGAGGUGUUGAAUUUAGAAGAACUAUUUACAAAUAGAUAGUUCAAAUUUGAAGGAUUCUGAGUUUUUCACCUUUUUUUUUUUUAGGUUAGAAAAACUGCUUUCAAUCAUACACUGAAACAGCAUCUUGAACUGUGAACUAUGGACUCAACCCUGGAAAAUGUAGCUUAUUCCCCCAAAAAUGUAUUCAUUCUAUCUGGCCAAAGUAACAUGGCAGGUCGUGGUGGAGUAGAAAAGCAUCACUGGGAUGGCAUUGUACCAAACGAGUGCCAUCCUGAUGCUUCUAGAAUUUUCCGUCUUAGUGCACACCUCCAUUAUGAGGUGGCACGUGAGCCACUCCACCAUGACAUUGACGCCAAGAAGACAUGUGGUGUUGGGCCUGGAAUGUCAUUUGCAAAUGCAAUCAAAGACCGAGUGGAAGCUAUUGGGUUAGUGCCAUGUGCUGUAGGUGGAACUGCGAUAAAGGAGUGGGCACACGGGCAACACUUGUAUGUGAACAUGGUCAAGAGAGCUAGAGCUGCCAUGAGUCAUGGAGGAGAAAUCAAGGCAUUGCUUUGGUAUCAAGGAGAGAGUGAUGCAUUAUCUCAGCAUUGCGUCGACACCUAUAAGGCUAAUAUGGAGAAGUUAAUACAUGACGUUCGUGCUGAUUUGCAUCUGCCAUCGCUGCCAAUUAUUCAGGUUGCAAUUGCAUCAGGAGAUGAGAAGUAUAUUGAAAAGAUUCGAGAAGCGCAAAAGGCGAUUGAUCUUCCAAAUGUUGUAUGUGUUGAUGCCAUGGGAUUGCAGCUGAAGGGAGAUAAUCUCCAUUUAACUACAGAGUCUCAAGUUAAAUUAGGCCAAAUGUUGGCUGAUGCAUACUUAACCCAUUUUGCACCACAAGAACCUUGUGUUGCUUCAUCUUGAAAAAUUUGCUGUACUGUGUGUAUGUAAACUAAAAACUAUUUAAUCCUGGCUCAUGAACAUAACGUGAGUGAGCGCUCAUAUAAGUGUAUUAUUACUUUGAAGUAAGCUUGACUCAUUUUCUGUAUCUCUUCAUGUCUUUAAUUUAAAAUGAGUAUUUCCUUGUCUGCA